CGUCGACCUAUAAAAGACACGGACGACACAGUCCUGAACAGUUGACCUGUCUCAGUUUGUGUGUGCUACGCGUCCGAUAAUUUAAAGAAAAUGAAAUUAAGUGUGGUAAUCUUCGUGUUGGCGGGUUGCGCUUUGUCGCUCGCCGUUGAGCAUGGUCCUCUGCUGACUGCAUUACAGCCAAGGGAGCAGGCACAACCUGCAGGAGUCAUCCAUGUCAGAGACAAGAGACAUCUUGGACUUCUUGGUGUUGGUGCUCUUGGGGCCGGAGUAAUUGGUGCAGGCGCUCUCGGACUUGGCGCCGGUAUAAUUGGAGCUAAAGCAGUCGGUGCUGGUCUCGUUGGUGGAGCGCUUGCUUCUGGUGCCCUCUACGGACAUGGCAGGAGCUAUGGCGGUUACGGAGGAUACUAUGGCGGUGGAUACGGCGGUGGAUACGGAGGUGGAUAUGGUGGAUACGGCGGAUACGGAUACGGUGGUGGAUACAGAUCGUACUACCCGUCUUCAGGGUACUACGUGUCUGACCCAUGGUGCUAAGUGGAUCAAUACCUGAACGCUGAUCCAAGUGUUGAUUAUUUAUAGACAUUGUUGUGAGUGUGUGGUAAAGUACUGAAUAAACGACCGAUGUUGUAAUAAGUGUAAAAUAAAUAGUUUCC